AUGUCUCUGGCCCUGCUAGGCAAGGAAGGGGCGGACCAGGCUUUGAUAUUUUCAGGAGUACAGCACUAUACUCGAGCCCUCAAUGGACUUCGUACAGGAUUUCGUAGCGGCUCAUUUCCUACUCUUGAUCAACAUCAGGUUGAUGUCAACUUGAUUACAUGCCUUAAGUGCGCUAUGUAUGAGCUAGUUGCCAACAACAAUUAUUAUCACCAGAUGCAGCACCUGCAAGGGAACUCCCCCGAGCAAUGA